GUCUUCUUUCUCCCAAUUAAGAAAAAUUGGCCCAGAUCCGCUGCAUAAACUCCCAGCCAAUACAUCUUUUCUGAUUUAACGCGACGAGAAUAGAUGUAACGCGGCGGAGCUUUUUGAGCUCGGCGAUGACGGCCGAGUUCCCGUUCCUCCAGAAGGUAUCGAGAGUGAAGCGUGAGAUGGGUGAAAAUUUUGGGUUUUGGUGAGGCAGGUGAACAGACGGGGGUGAUGGGGAUUCGGAGAGGUAGUGUGGAUCCCAUUUAUGGAGGUCGAAGGGUUGAGAGUCAGGUGGACGAGUUUGGGGGUCCUUGAGAGUCUGGUGGUUGGAGAAGAGGCCAAGGUGGACUACAGGGCGGUUUUGAGACGGCUUCCGGCGGCCGUAGAAGAAGUAGGGCUUUGUGUCUGCGAUUCUAGCCUCCCAGUGGCUGCCCUGUGAUUCUUUCGCCGACUUAGUCGCUGCCCGGUUCAACAAACUCGGUUACCUCCUCCGCCACCCCUAAUUCCCAUCCCUUGCCUGUCCGUGAAGAUUGCAGGUCUGAAGAGGCCACGUCCACCCUUGUCGACGCCUGGGGACGCCUGGGGCCGCCUGGGUUCUGCGUCGGUGGAUGAUGGGUAUUUUAGAAGGAAUUAUUCAACCCUUGUUGUAGCUGUAGCAACAGUAGAGAGUGAAGAGGAAGAAGUAGGUGAAAGCGAGGGAGAGGAAAGUGAUCAAGGUGAAGGGGAAGAAAAGGAGGGUAUGGAUCUGGUUUUGUUCUUUUGCUUAUUUUGUGUUUUCUAUGUGUAUUUUCUGAGUUGAUUAAGUGGUUUUCGUGUUGAUUAUUUUCGAGAUUAGAUUUGCAGUUGGCUUGUAUGUGAUUUGGCUCGAAUUGCUUUUUUUCUAGAAAUUCUUUACUCUUUUUAAUCUAUAUUCCUUUCUGUUAGGAGAUCUCGGCUUUGCUGUUUAGUUUAUUCGAGAUAUUCGAGAUUAGUGUCCAUGUUAUGUGAUGAAACCCAGAUCUGGGUUUGAGAAAAACUCAGAUUUGGGUUUGAAAGAAGAAGAAGAAAUGAGAGAAAAGAGAGAGAGAAAGAAUAAGAAGAAGAAGGAAGA